AGACAAGCAAACCACAGGAAGUGAGCAGAAGAAGCCUCGAGUAAACGAGGUGGUGCCACACACACACACCAGUAACGAAACAAACAAGAAAAGCUAGAAUUUUGAGCUAAGAGUGAGGGGACUUCUCCAGAAACAUUGAAACCCGCAACACUUAAGUGAUUGAGUCCCAUUUUACCCAUCAGAUCAGAAAAGAACGUGUCUGAAGGGGAGAGAACACCAGAGAAGACAUAAGAACAUUGAAACCCACUUCAAGCCUACCUAAGUCCCGCACACAGAGAUUCCAGACAGGCUUAGUGGAAGAUCAAGCUUCUACAACAAACUGAUCACACAACAACCAAAACAAAGAACUAGAAAGCAAUGGCUUCUAACAGAGAGAGAGAGAAGAGAUUAUCAAGUACAUCCUCAAUACAAUUGACCUUACUGAGGAUGACUAUGAUGAGCUGGCGGCCACAGGGUUAAACACACCCAGGAAAAUUCUAAUGGCAGAGGAUUCAGUGCUGGCCGAGCUCACAGACAAAAACGUCUUGACCCAGGUCGAUCUCGGUGAAUUUAUGAGAUUCAAACAAUGGAUGCAGUCUAUUAAGAAAGAAGGUAAUGAUCUUCCAAAAACCAUUGAUGGUUGGAAACAGGACUUCACUGAAGAUAUAUGGGAUGCUUUCUGUGACACUAAAAUGAAAUCACCCCCAAAUCCUAAACCGACACCGACACCAGCACAAGUGCUAGCGCCAGCGCCAGCAACAGCCCCUAACCCAACAGUCCAGACUACUACUACCACUACCAAGAGCAAAAACCUAGUCAAGGUAUCCCUAUCUGAUUUCCCAACUUUCGAUGGCAACCAGAGAAACUGGAAGCCAUUCAAGAGGGAAGUAACUUCCACAAUGGGACUCCUGCAGUUGACUAGCUUGCUCAGUGUAACAAAGCUUACUGAUGUACCCAGCCACACGGCCAAGACAAUAUCGGAUCCACUUUACAAGACCCGCAAUCAAGAGUUUUACUCAAUCCUAUCCAAGAAACUUGCUAAGGGAACCGCAGCUUCCAAGGUGGAUGUGCACCUCGCUACCAUGGAUGGUGCUCUUGUGUGGAAGGAUAUCUGUGACUAUUAUGACUUUGGGGGAGAUAAGGAAAGCCGUAUUACCUCAUUGAUUGGAGAUCUAACCAAGCAUUAUCUAUACCCUGAAAGCAGUGGAGGUUAUGAUACCUACUACAACCGGUUUGAUGAGAAAUGCCAAGAGCUGGACCUUGCUGGCAUCCAAGUCCCUUCUGCAAUCAAGAAGACCUUGUUUUUGGAGGGUAUCAAAGACAGGGCUUAUGAAGCUGUCAAGGAUACGUGUGCCAGUGUUGACUAUGAGUCAGCGGUGGACAAACUCCGCACCAAGGCCAUAGCCCUGGGUAAGGCCAAUUCUAGGAGCUAUCCCAGGAGGUCCAACAAGAAGGCUAGAAAAGGAGACUAUGAUGAUGACUAUGAUGAUGACCACGGCAGUGAACAGGAAGACUAUGAUGAACAAGAAAGCUACAGCGAUGAACACGAAGAUUACGACCCUAGAAGGCCUAGCUCAUUUUCCAGCGAUGUUUGGGAGUCAAUGACUCAGGCCAAUAGGAAGUGGAUCCUCCAGCACAAGAAAAAGAGAAGGAAAGCUCCAGCAAGGAACAAAGCUAUGGUUUCCCCGAUGCGGUUUGGGCACAGAUGUCCCCAGCAAACCGUCAAUGGAUUAUGGAGCGCCAAAACAAGGAGAAAACUGUUGACUAUGGCAAGCAAUACUCUAAGGACGACAAGGGCAUCCAGGAAGGUGGAAGCAACAGCAACGCUAUUGGGCAAAGUGACACUGAAGAGAACAAACCCAAAUCUAUCUUCCGUGGACCAGCCAAGCGUAAGUAAGGGGAGGAAGCUGCCCCAUUUGUGAUGUGUAUAUGUGUGAAACAAUGACGGUGGAUUCAGGGCAUGAAUCAAGGGGAGUAGUAGAAAUGUAAUUCAAUCCCAGAACCCAGUGGUACCUGAGCCCCCUGAAGGCAAGGGAAUCCCACUGAAUGCCCCUGAUCUACAAGGAAUCAAGUGCAGGUUUGACCCCCAAGGAGCAAAAGUAGAUAGCAUAAUCAGCUCACAAUCUGAGCCAACCUGAACUAAUAAAGACAAAGCAAACAACCAAAGACUACUAGAUAUCACAUUACUACCUACUUUCUACUAG